AUGACGGACUCUUAUAAUGACAAGAGGCACGUAUUGAACGGUGCAAAGUUGGUAGAACACAUCGUGCGGCACCGAAUACAUGAUUCUCUAUUCUAUAAGCAGCAUCUCUACCUUACAAAUGAACAAACCAUACUUCCUGUCAUUGUGGAUAAUGUCACCUAUAUUGGAGGAACCGAUGCCAACGGUCGCCCGAGUCCUUUUAUAUGCUGUUUGUUACGGCUUUUGGAAGUUGAACCCGAGGAACGUAUCCUAGCCAUGUAUGAAACCCAAUUGGGAUACAAUAGGUUUAAGUAUUUGACUUGCUUGGUGAUGAUAUAUUACCGUUUAACUAAAACUGGAGCCGAAAUUUACAAGCGCCUCGAGCCAUAUUAUAAAGAUUACAGGAAAGUUCGAUUGCAAUUAAAAGUGCCCGAAUUUGAAAAUGGAAGUGCUCGACAUUAUAAAGUUUAUACCAUUGACCAAUGGGCCGAUGACUUGUUGCAGCACGAGAGAGUCGUUGAUAUAAUACUUCCGCGGAUCCUUCCACGGCACAUACUAAUGCAGCGAGGAGAGCUAGAACCGAGGGUUUAUAAUAUAGAGGAGAAAGAGACCGAGAGUGAAGAUUCGUUUGAAAGCGACAGUGAGUGA